AUGAACGGGGCCUCGGCGGGAGUGAUUAUUUUCUCAGGUGUUUGCAACAGUGUUGUUACUAUUAACGCUACGAUGCCUGAACCUACCAAGUCUGCUCCCGCCCCAAAGAAGGGCUCCAAGAAGGCGGUGACUAAGGCUCAGAAGAAGGACGGGAAGAAGCGGAAGCGCAGCCGCAAGGAGAGCUAUUCAGUGUAUGUGUACAAGGUGCUGAAGCAGGUCCAUCCCGACACCGGCAUCUCUUCCAAGGCAAUGGGGAUCAUGAAUUCCUUCGUCAACGACAUCUUCGAGCGCAUCGCGGGCGAGGCUUCCCGCCUGGCGCAUUACAACAAGCGCUCGACCAUCACCUCCAGAGAGAUCCAGACGGCCGUGCGCCUGCUGCUUCCGGGGGAGCUGGCCAAGCACGCCGUGUCGGAGGGCACCAAGGCCGUCACCAAGUACACCAGUUCCAAGUAACUUUGCCAAGGGAGAGACAUGAAGACAGAGGAGAAAUGAAUGCAUAAAAUAACUGACAGUAUGAAUCUAUACAUAGAACUUAGGAAGUCUCAUCUGCCUGAAAAUGACUGUGUGGAUCCCACCCAAAUCCAACUCAUCCUUGUUUGCUACACACUGGUUCAUCAAAAGAAGGUUACCGAGGGGAAGGAACUAAAGGUGUUUGCACUUCAUGUUACUUUUUGAGUUUAUAAACAUAAAAAUAGAAUUUACUUCUGUUACAGACCUAGUUACUGGGAAUUCAUUACUUGCCAUGGACUACCUUUGCUAAGAAAAGUCUGAAUGAGAAGAUGGCAGGACGUCUGAAAAAAAAAAGUUAUAAUUAAUAAAAUCUGCGGAGAAUUGUAAA